CUUCGCACGAUGUAUUCACUUGCGAAUCAGUCAGAUCGAAUACUGAUAACGGACCAUGGCUAUCUCUUUAUACUCUCACUAGCUCGCUCGCCCCUUUCCUAAACCGUAGAAAUCCGGAACACGAAAGCCUAGCCGGUAGUUCAACGGGACUAGGCGAUGGCCAUCAUGGUAGAGCCGUACGAAGCAGAAGAGCAAUUUGAGGGCGAUGACCUCUAUGACACCCUGUCCUCGGAACAGAUCAACGACACUCAUUUGGGAUCUUCGCCUGUAAAGUCGAGUUCGUCGGCAUUACUUGACUCUGGGGUCGAGGACUUUGUAUUUGCAACUCAAGCAAGCAUAGAGGAAGACUUGACACGACCGGGAUCAGCUUCACCUAGUCUAACCUCCCGGGUUCGGGCACGCAAAUCGACAGCAAAGUUUAAACCUCCCAUUGCUAGUCAAAUUGGGAAAACUCAGUCCAAUAUGCGCAAUAGCCCGGAUCAUCAGACCUCAUCCCCUCCAUUCUCAAUUCUCGAAGACGCUCCGCCAUCGCAACGAGCAGGAGGUUCGAGGCGGGUCACUCCUCCUUCGCCAUCUAGACACCCUUAUAAAGGCCUGGAGCUGCCGACUUCUCCAUCUAAGAAGAGAUCCACACCUAAGCCACUUGUAACAACACAAAAGUCAACUUUCGUUGAAGGCUCAAGACCGGCCAGAAACACUCGGAAAACGAAAUGGAGUGCUCAAUUACCUAAGGAUAUGGUCAUCGAUUUGACUCUAGAGGAGAUGCUCGGUCCUCUGGUAGCUGAAGCAGGGCCAAGCCGUGCAAUACCGCCUAUCGAGCCAAAGGUGGAGCCGAAACAAACCCAACCCGUUGAACCUGCGCCUGUCAUCGAGCUGUCCCAAGAGCAACGCAAGGUCCUGAACCUCGUUCUGUCAGGCGAGAGUCUCUUCUUCACGGGGUCGGCUGGUACGGGGAAGAGUGUGCUCUUAAGGGAAAUCAUCAAACACCUUUCUGCAAUCGACGUGGAAGACGCGGAAGGCAAAAAAGUGAAAAAGAAAGUCGCUAUCACUGCGUCCACAGGAAUUGCAGGUGUGAAUAUCGGAGGACAAACAUUGCAUUCGUGGUAAUUUGAUCUGGAUACGACGAUCUCCGGAAAGCAGCUAAAGCCUGGUAAGGCAGGGCGGGUCUAGGUUUAGCAGUAGAUGACGUUCAGACAUGUGCGAAUCGGG